AUGUACGCCCUCCAACGCUUAUUCUACGGGUUCCCCGAACCCGCCCCACACCAACGAACUAAGCCCGUCGAAGUGCUUUGCUUAGGUCUACCACGCACCGGAACCGAGUCACUGACCGUCGCCUUACGAACGUUGGGCCUGUCAGCAUAUCAUGGCUGGGACUUAGUUUUCGAGUCUGAUGGCAGCAAGUUGCAACUUUGCCAUGAGCUAGUGCGGCGAAAAUACCACGGCGCCCACGAUGGUGACGUGCAGAUCACCCGGGCAGAGUUCGACACCCUCAUCGGGGACAGUCAGGCUGUGGUGGAUUCCUUGUGCAUUUUAUUUGCCCCCGAGCUGCUCGCCGCCUACCCGGAAGCCAAAGUGAUCCUCAACCAGCGCCUCGAUAUGAACGCCUGGUACCGUAGCCUGGAAAAAACGAUCGUGGCGAUCGAUCAAUCCUGGCUCAUAUGGGGAAUGCAGUGGUUUUCCCCGGAACUCCAUUGGCUGUGCAGCCUUUACUUGAGAUACGGAUACCCGGGCGUGUUUCAUGGCGUCACCACCACAGAUAGCAUUCGUCGAAACGCCAAGUGGGUCUAUCGCGAUCACUGCAACAUGGUUCGGGGUAUGGUGCCCAAGGACAACCUGCUUGAGUGGUCCGUUGAAGAUGGCUGGGAGCCAAUUUGCGAGUUCCUCGGCAGGCCUGUUCCGGACGAACCCUUCCCCAGAACUAAUAAUCCCGGAAAUUACGCCAAGCGCGCUGAUGAAAUUAUUCAAAAGCGGAUGCGCAGAUGUGUUCGCAACUUGGCUCUCGUCACCGUGACUCUAGGCGGGAUCACCACUGCCGUUGUAAUCUGGUGGCAUGGACGGAUCCCGGAAGCCACAAGUCUCAGUGAUCACUUAAAGCGAUUCACUCAAGUGGCUUAG